GCUUCAGGAGCUGCAGGAGAUCUGAGCGUUAAAGCGUGUUAGCUUCAGGAGCUGCUGGAGAUCUGAGCGUUAAAGCGUGUUAGCUUCAGGAGCUGCUGGAGAUCUGAGCGUUAAAGCGUGUUAGCUUCAGGAGCUGCUGGAGAUCUGAGCGUUAAAGCGUGUUAGCUUCAGGAGCUGCAGGAGAUCUGAGCGUUAAGGCGUGUUAGCUUCAGGAGCUGCAGGAGAUCUGAGCAUUGGGUCUGUUAGCUUCAGGAGCUGCAGGAGAUCUGAGUGUUAAAGCGUGUUAGCUUCAGGAGCUGCAGGAGAUCUGAGCGUUAAGGCGUGUUAGCUUCAGGAGCUGCAGGAGAUCUGAGCGUUAAGGCGUGUUAGCUUCAGGAGCUGCAGGAGAUCUGAGCGUUAAGGCGUGUUAGCUUCAGGAGCUGCAGGAGAUCUGAGCGUCAAAGCGUGUUAGCUUCAGGAGCUGCAGGAGAUCUGAGCGUUAAAGCGUGUUAGCUUCAGGAGCUGCAGGAGAUCUAAGCGUUAAAGCGUGUUAGCUUCAGGAGCUGCAGGAGAUCUGAACGCUGGACUUGUUCUGACAUGAAGAACCAGAGAAACACAUAACUCUCAUUCCUCUCUGUCUCUGCUGUCACUGUUUGUUAAGAGUCUGUUUUAUUACAUUUAACUUUGAACCACAGAAGCUGUUAAACACAAUCGUUUUAUUUUGAGGUUACAAGUUAAUCGUCUCGUCAUUUCAGGAUCAUUUUGUCGUACUAACAUAAUUAUCUUGAAAAACAGGUUGUUUUCUAAUGAAAACAGCAUAAUUUACUUUUUGUUUUCACAGGAGGCUGCUGACCAGCUCUGACCUUUGACCCCUCAUCUUCAGACUCAACCUGCCCGUCUACCUGAGGGGUGGGGCCUGAGGAGCCCAGGGUCGUAACCAUGGCAGCGACCUCCUCCCUACUCGGCAGAGGUCUAGGUCUGGUCCUGGUGGAGUUUCAGUAUGAGUAUCAGGGUCGGGAUGGAGCGCUGGUCUCCAUCAAACCCAACGAGCGCUAUGUCCUGCUGGCCAAGACCAACGAGCACUGGUGGCAGGUCCGGGGGGACGGUGUUUCCAGACCCUUCUACAUCCCUGCCAAGUACGUCCGGGAGCUACCACCAGACUUCCCCUCGCCAUUGGACUUCGCUGACCCGCCCAGCCCUGAACCGCUGCUGCUUCCUGUGGCGGCUCCAGUCCCGGUCCCAGUCCCUGUCCCUGUCCCGGUGCCAAAGACUUUAGAGGAGCCCAGCGGGACCAAAACCAAACCAGGGGACGAAGUUACAAUCCGGCUCAGACCUGAUGCCUCGACCGGGCACCGCAAGUCCGAGAACCGCAUGUCAACGUUCGGCGUCCCACUGGACUUCCAGGACCUGUCGCCCCUGGUGGUGCCGCCACAGCGACACUCCAGUAACCCUCCUGCUGGUCCUGCAGAGCCUGCAACCACAACGAAUAGCGGGACUACAAACAUGGCUGACAGCACUGUAAGAAAAAAGGAGCCUCACCUGUCAGGUGUCCUGGACGACCACGGGGACUCUGAGAAACCCUGGGUCCCCACUUUCAGCCCAGCAGAUCCCCUCCCCACGCCCCGCUCCCAAAACCAGCCCAUUCCUGUGGAGACUCCGGUGGUUCCCGUGGUCCCCCCCCAUGGUACUACCUCGGCAGGUGGCCAUGACGACCAGGAGCCCCCCAUAGAGCCGGAAGAGGAGUCCAGCGAGGAGGAGGACUCACUAAAGGGGGAGGACUCAAACCACAUCUACGAGUCCAUCCAGGACCUGAACCUGGACCUGGAGGCUCUGACGAGUCCUGGAGCUCCUCCUGAACCUGCACCGGCCCCGCCUCCCUCACAGGACCAGAGCUCGCUCGGCCCCGACUCGCCCGUCUACGCUAACGUCUCCAGUCUGAAGAAAACGCCUCAGAUCUCUGUCGCUGGCCCCGCCCUCCCCGCACCACCGCCCCCUGACCCCGCCCCCGCUACAGCAGGCCACACCUCCUCGUCUUCUGGCUCCUCCUCCUCCGGGAUGAUGAGCCCCGCCUCCCCCCUCAGCCCGCAUGAUGACUGGCAGGUCCACACCGACCAGGACAGCGGGAAGCAGUUUUAUUACCAUCCUGUAACCAGACAGACCACCUGGUCCGACCCCCGCAGCCCCCCGCCCCCGCCCGCUGCAGACGUGGACCAGUCCAAGGGGAGGGAGGGGGGACACCUGGCCUCCCCCUCCCCUCUGCUCUCCCCCGCCUCCUCCCAGGGUUCCUGUGGUUGGGAGCAGCUGGUGGACAAAGCCUCGGGGAGGUUCUACUACUAUAACCCCACCUCAGGAGCCACGUCCUGGACCGCACCGGAGCCGCUGUCCCCCCCCUCACCCUCCCCCCUCCCUGCAUCUACAGCCGGCAGCCGGAGACACGACGACAGACCGCCUCCACUGCCAGAAGAAGAUUAUCCUUUGAAUGCAGAGAGAGAGAACAACGACGCCGUCUCCACAACGCAUGCUCAGCAGCAUGUGCCUCUGAUUCCCAGAGCUCAGCUGGACCUGAAAGACAGCAGCAGCCCCCAGUGGAAGGAGAUCCCCAAUUUGCCCCAGAGGCAGAUGGGAAAUGGAGUUUCUGAGGAGGGAACGUCUCUGCAGGUCAAGAACUGGAGACACAGCGUGGCGGAAGAAACGUUUGCUCCGAACCUCAGGAGGAACGUCUCCGACCUCACUGAUGUGUCCAACAGAAGACACUCUCCUGACAGCCAACAGCUCUCUGAUAGGCUCAGACUGAAGAGGAAUCUGUCCAAUCGAAGCACAAACUCCCACCAACUGCACAGCCACCUGCUGGAGAAAGCAGGAAUCAUCAACAAGACCAAAGUAGCCGAUCACGGCAAAAAGAUCAGGAAGAACUGGGCUCAGUCCUGGACCGUCCUCCAUGGAGGGAUCCUCACCUUCCACAAAGACCCCAAAUCUGCUCCGACUGGGAACGCUAUGAAGGCGUCACAGAUCGUUCCAGAAUACACCGUCGAACUGAGAGGAGCUUCAGUCUGCUGGGCCUCCAAAGACAAGUCGUCCAAAAAGAACGUUCUCGAGCUGAAGACUCGUCAGGGCUGCGAGUACUUGAUGCAGUACGACACCGAAAGCAUCAUCAGUGACUGGCUGAAAGUGAUGCAGGACACCAUCAGACAGCUGGAAUAUGAACACCUGUCAGAGGACGAGGACGAAGCUGCUUCAGACAAAGAGGACAAAGACAAGAAGAGGCCACUGGCUUCGAGUUCGUCAGCCGACUCUGAGCAGAGACGAGUUCGGACUAAACUGCGACGGUUCCUCCAGCGGAGGCCGACGCUGCAGAGCGUUAAAGAGAGAGGAUACAUCCGAGAUAACGUCUUCGGGUGUCACCUGGACACUCUCUGUCACAGAGAAAACUCCAACAUUCCCAAGUUUGUGGAGAAGUGUAUUAAAGCGGUGGAGAGGAGAGGUCUGGAUGUUGACGGGAUCUACAGAGUGAGCGGAAACCUGGCUGUGAUCCAGAAACUACGACACAAAGCUGACCACGAGGAGCACUUGGACUUGGAGGACGGUCAGUGGGAGGAGAUCCACGUGAUCACCGGAGCUCUGAAGCUUUUCCUGCGAGAGCUUCCCGAGCCUCUGUUCCCGUUCAGCUGCUUCGACAAGUUCAUCGCUGCCAUCCAGGUCCCAGACUACAACCUGAAAGUCUCCUACAUGAAGGAUCUGGUUCGUUCGCUGCCUCUGCCGAACCACGACACCAUGGAGCUGCUGUUCAAACACCUGCUCAGGGUGAUCGAUCACAAGGAAUCUAACAGGAUGUCGGUUCAGAGCGUCGCCAUCGUGUUCGGACCCACGUUGCUCCGGCCGCAGACCGAGUCGGCCAACAUGACGAUCCACAUGGUGUUCCAGAGCCAGAUAGUGGAGCUCAUGCUCAACGAAUUCCAGACCAUCUUCUCCUCCGAAGGGUAGGGGGACCUCCAGGAGCUCCUCAGAGAACCUGACAGAACCUUCAGAGAACCUCCUGACAGCUCCUGCAAGCACCCAGAACAUCAUGAGGACUGCCAAAACCCUCCUCUCAAAUUCAAGUUGACAGGAGAUUAAACCUGGACGUAUCUAACCACUGUGCCUCAAAUGACCCAGGUAGAACCUGAGUGGAACCACCUAGAACCCUGGACUGGAUCUGAAACCUCAACAGUCUGCUUUACUGCCAUUUUCAAGAACACAGAUCAAAUAAAACUUAUUUGGCACCUUAAAAACCCAAAACAACUGUCUUUGAGUGAGAGCUCUCCACCAAGCUCCAAACCCCUGUAGAACUGGAUCUGAAACCUCUAACAGCUGCUUUGUUGCUCUUUCAAGGCAACAGACUGAACAAAACACACUUACAUUAAACAUCCGUCUUUUAGCGAGAACUUUCUACCAAGUUCCUUCCCUGCACCCAAAGUCCUCCCUCUUUCUUAUAAUUUAAAUUUUAAAAAGCCCAGGUGGAUGAACUUGGAACCUGAUGUUUUCAUGAUGCUCCUGUCUUAACCACUGAGCCUCAAAUGACCCAGGUAGAACCUGAGUGGAACCACCUACAACCCUGGACUGGAUCUGAAACCUUAAUAGUCGGCUUCACUUCUAUUUUCAAUGCAACAGAUCAAACAAAUCACCUUACAGACCCAGAAAGAAUUAUGAUCAAGAACUCUCCAAACAAGGUCCACAUCCUUCAAGAACCUUGUAGAACUCAGGAUGCAAACAUCACGUCCUGUUUUUAAAAUUAAUAGACCUUAAAGUUCAUGGGGGUUGAACCCCAAACCUGUUGAGAACAUAAAGUCCCGUCUGACCACCAAGACCUAAAUGAUAAAUACAACCUGAGUGGAACCAUCUAGAACUAGAAUGGGAUCUGGAACCUCAAUAGUUGGCUUUAUUUCUAUUUUCCAGAUAUCAGAUCAAACAAAAUACACUGACAUGGCACCCGUAAACCCAAAACAUCAACUUUCCCACCAAGUUCCAAACCCCCGUAGAACCCUUUAGAACACUGGAUCCAAUCUCCAACUCCUGUUUUUACAUUUCUGGACAUUCAAGUUCAUUCAAGACAUUCACAGGAGGAUGAAAUUGGAACCAGAUGGAUACACCAUGUCCCUCUCUAACUACUGCACCUUUAAUGACCCAGGUAGACCCUUAGUAGAACCAUGUAGAACCCUGGACUGGAUCUGAAACCUUAAACAGCUGCUUUAUUGCUCUUUCAAGGCAACAGACUGAAAAAAACACCUUUACAGAAAACAUCCGUCUUUUAGAGAGAAUUCUCCACUAAGUUCAAACCCUGCACCCAAAGUUUUCCUUCUUUCUUUAAAUAUAAAUUUUAAAAAGCCCAGGUUGAUAAACUUGGAACCUGAUGUUUUCAUGACACUCCUGUCUUAACCACUGAGCCUCAAAUGACCCAGGUAGAACCUGAGUGGAACCACCAAGAACCCUGGACUGGAUCUGAAACCUUAACAGUCGGCUUCACUUCUAUUUUCAAGAACACAGAUCAAACAAAUCACCUUACAGACCCAGAAAGAACUGUGAUCAAGAACUCUCCAAACAAGGUCCACAUCCUUUGAGAACCUUGUAGAACUCUGGAUGCCAACAUCUCGUCCUGUUUUUAAAAGUAAUGGACAUUAAAGUUCAUAGGGGUUGAACCUGGAACCCGUUGAGAACAUGAAGCCCACAUCUCACCGCCAGACAACCAAACCUUUAUGUUCCAGGUAGAACCUGAGCGUCAGUAUGUUCUGAUACCAAGUAUUUGUUUUAAUUGCUUUCUGAAUAGAACAAAGAACGUCACUGUGUUAAACACUGGAUUGUGAUGAUGUCAGCAGUCAUGUACGUUAGAGGUGGACGCUAACGGGCCACGUGUUGUUUUAGACCGUCGGAACCGAAACGAAAUAACAUGAAAUGAAAUAAGACGUCCAGUAUUUGUGCUAAGCUAAGCUAAUCACAUCCUGGAUGUUCUGUACUGGACACACGGAGAUGGAACUGAUUCUGAAGAAGACAGAACAAAAUGAUUUAUUAAAUGUUAUUACAUGUGUUUAAGUCUAAAGAAAGUUUAACAAAAGGAUGUUUUCACACAGAGAACCAGAGGAUUUACAGACAUGUUUAACUUUGGGGAUGAUUUUUACUGCUGUAACGGUGACUUCUGUACAAUGCUGUAUGUUUUUAUAGUGUUGAGGUUUAUAUGUAUU